GGCAUCCUGUACAUCAUCUGGCAGAACAUCGGCCGCUGCAGCGGGGAGCACGGCGGGCACUGCGCGUUGCCCGUCAGCCCCGAGAACAGCAACCUGGUCAUCCACGCAGACUGCCACUCGGCGAACAAGGGGCUCUUCGCCGGCAUCAUCAUCCUCGUCGGGUCCGUCGUCAGCAUCAUCCUCUUCUUCAUCGUCAUGACCAACAAGACAUACGAAGAUAUCGGCCUGACAGUGAACACAGCUUCCGAAUUGAUCCUACUGGUUCUCAUGACGUUCUCUGUGAUAUUCGCCUAUCGUCAGAUGACUAGACUGGACAUCAAUAAACAUCCCAUCUCGUUGCUGGAUGAUCUGCUUUUGUUCAUAUGCAUCCCUGCCUUCUUUCUGUAUGCAAUAUUCAGCAUUGUUCCCGCGGUGCAGAGGAGUAACUUCCUCUCUCUAACAACGAUAUUACUCCAGGUGGUGCAGGUGCUGAUCCAGACGCCGUUCAUCAUCGACGGCCUGCGGCGCUGCAGCAACGAGCGCGCGCUGCGCCAGGAGAAGCCGGGCCGCGAGCUCGUCACCUUCCUCGUGGUGUGUAACGUGGCCCUGUGGAUCACCGAGACUUUCGAGAUCAAGUCGCACGACAAGAUCGACGACCGCUACGACGUGUACGGCAAGGUGCUCUGGACCAUCAUCAGCCACAUGACUCUGCCGCUAACCAUGUUCUACCGGUUCCACUCGUCCGUCUGCCUGGCAGACAUCUGGAAAUCCGCCUAUGAACCCGGAGAGUAGACCUCGUGCUCAACUUCGAAACACUCGUCCUUGUCACAAGUCACACGUCCUUGGCGUUCCGAGUGUGUGCAGAUUAUGGUUGCUAGUCGUCCGACCGCUGAUAUCUGCUUAAGAACUCCGAAGCAUUGAAGAAAGUUUGGGUGUGUGACACGACUCCGAGUUACUUCCCUUACUUCAAAUGAUUGCUUUCGCAAUACGUUAGCCUCCUUGACUGACUUAUUUUGGAGGCUGGUUUUAUGAUUAAAUGCCUUUUACAGUUCAGUAUUCCUCAUGCAAUCUUACCAGCCUUUGUGCUGGUAAUAUUGACAUUUCUGGUGCUUUAAAAAAGUUUUAUUUUUGAUAAAAAAAUAUUAUGCAAGAAUGAAAUGUGAAUGAGAAGGCAGAAAUCAAUACUAAAUAAAUCGAAUGAUCAAAUAAUGUUGAAUGAAAUAUAUGUAC